UAACAGUGUGGAGAGGAAAAAGUGACAGGAAAACAAUCCAGAAGUGUUUUCCACCCUCCAGGAGAAGAAGAAAGUGUGUGUGAAAGGGAGAGAGAAAAGGAGAGAGUUUGUGUCUCCACUUCUUCUUCCACUUCCACCACCUCCAUGUCGCUCCCCGGCUCUCCUCCUCUCCUCACGCCGGGCUCAGGCGCCCCAACUUCGGCUGCUCUCUACCGCUCUGCCCCGGACCCUCUCCUGAGCUCCAACAGCCCGGGACACAACAACUCCCACUCCGCCCACUCCCUGUCCCCGCGGCUCACCAGCAGCAUGCUCAGCGCCUUCUUGCCCGGACCAGGGGGCUCACUGGCCGGGUUGGGCUCUCUGCACACGGCCGGUCUGACCCCCGGUUCUCCCGGUAUGGUGCAGCAACAGAAUUCCUCCACCCUGUGCAGCGAGUGCAAGCUGGUGGAAGUGCACGGAGUGAAGGUGGCCAGUUUCGGAGUGGAUGGCCAGGAGCUCAUCUGUCUUCCGCAGGUGUUUGAUCUGUUCCUGAAGCACCUGGUGGGGGGGUUGCACACCGUGUACACCAAGCUGAAGAGGCUGGACAUCGCGCCGGUGGUUUGCACCGUGGAGCAGGUGCGUGUUCUGCGGGGACUCGGUGCCAUCCAGCCCGGCGUGAACCGAUGCAAGCUCAUCUCCAGGAAGGACUUCGAGAUCCUGUACCAGGACUGCACCAGCGCCAGCUCUCGUCCCGGCCGUCCUCCCAAGCGCUGUUCUGGGACGGGGAUCCAGGAAAACCCCCGGCUGCUUCACCCGGGCCUGCUGUCCCCCAACCUGCUCUCACACACCGGCCUCACAGCAGCAGCCAUGGCUGAGCUGCAGAAGCUGCAGAAGAUGAAGAUGAUGAUGAGUAUGCAGAACGGCAACGAGUCGGACAACGACGACUUACACUCCAACACAGGAGGAAGUGAGUGUUCCUGGGAUAAGGAGCGUCUGACCAGCCCUCCUGCUGGAGUUCAUGCUGGAGGACCAGGAGGAGGAGGAGGACCGAUGGGAGGAGGAGGAGGAGGAGGAGGAGGAGGAGGAAGAGGGCCGGCCAUUGGAGCUGUCAAUCAACAACAACAACUGCAGCAACAGCAACAACAGCUACUGGCAAACAGGUUGGACCUCCCCUUCAUGAUGAUGCCUCACCCUCUGCUUCCCAUGGGCCUGCCGCCUGCAUCUGUCGCCAUGGCGAUGUCGCAGAUGAACCACCUCAACACCAUCGCCAACAUGGCCGCCGCGGCGCAGCAGAUACACACUCACGUACACCGGGCGCCCGUCAUCAAGGAGAGAGUGUGUGACAGUCCCUCUCUCUCUCCGUCUGUCGAUGAGACAAACACUCCUCUGCAGUCGCAGCCCAGCAGCUCGGCCUCCAGCUCGCCCGAAAGACUGGGAUUGGUGUCAGCUGAUGCAGAUGUUGCGCUGACCAACCCUGCUGCACCCAUCAAGAAAAUAACAAAGGACAAAGAAGAGUCCUCUCUGGGUCCGGUUCUCCCCCCCGGCUUCCCCGCUCCCUUCCUGUUUGCUGACGGCCUGUCGUCAGUGGAGACCCUGCUCACCAACAUACAGGGUCUGCUGAAGGUGGCGGUGGAGAACGCCCGGGUUCAGGACAAACAGAUCCAGGCGGAGAAGCGAGAGUUGAAGAUGGAGCUGUACAGAGAGAGGGAGAUGAGAGAGAGUCUGGAACGGCAGCAAGAGACAUCUGCACAGACGUCAGCCUCCAUCCAGAAGCGUCUGAAGAAGGAGAAGAAGGCCAAGAGGAAGCUGCAGGAGGCGCUGGAGUUUGAGUCCAAGAGGAGGGAGAGGGUGGAGGACGUCCUCAAACACUCGUCCUCGUCCUCCCCGUCCCCCGAGCCUCUGCACGCCAACAACAACAACAACAACAACAACAGCAGCGACGCUGCUGGAGCCGAGGAGAAGGCUGAGCUUAAUGGAAACCAGCAAGACAACGGCGCUGUACAAGACUCCCGGUCCUUUCUGAAGACCCCCAUGAUGUUCUAGAGAAACACCGCCUCCUUUUCCUGAAGCCCCGCCCCCUUCUCCCCACUGUUCCCGCUCCUGCACAGAAGAACUCCACCAGCCCGUUUCCACAGCAACCACGAAAAGUCACGACCACAUUCCCCCGGCGGGAUUUUACUCCUUUGCUAAAGACUUUUUGACGUUGCUACAAAACUAUGAGACUACUGGGAAGCAGAGACCCCCGAUUUGGACUCACUGGGGUCGUCUGUACUUCUUUCUUCUUCUUGUUUUUUAGAUAAAAUCCACUCCAUUCAUUCCUCUUUUUCUCUACCUGCACUGAGACUUAAGUCACUCCUUUGUUUGUUUUGGUAUAAAUAAAGAAACGACGGAGGGAAACGUACCGGACGACAAGGAAAUCAACUCGGUUCGGACGUCGUGUGGCGGCAAAAAAGCGUUUCUGAUUUGUAUCGACGAGAAAAAGACUGUAAAAAAAAACCUGAUCCGUCGACCACAUUGGCUGGUUGUCUACUCCCCUCUGAUUGGACGAUAAUCAGCCAAUCAGAGGAGCUCAGGAUUUGAGACGUAGGGGUUUUGAAAAGUGUAAAAAAAACCAAACAAAUCUGGAUGGGAUUUAAAAAAAACAACAACUCGGAGGCUAUUUCCGUCUCUCACGUUUCAUUCAUUUUUGUUUUCCGUACAGGGACUGAAAAGAAUGCAUGGGAAAACUUUGUUCUGUUGACUUAUUUUACCCUCCUUUACCUCCUCUAUCUCCUGCUUCUUCUUCUUCUUCUAUCUCUUUUUCCCUUUUAAAGGAGGCAUUACUCUGAUGUUGGAUGCAGCUUUUCAAUGUAUUUUCUAUCACCCUUAAUAAUAAUAACAACAACAACAACCCUGGGAGCUCAGUUUCCCAAACCAUGCAAAACGGUAAAAAAACAAACCCUUUUUUUAUUACGGCGGAGUGAUUUUUAGACACGAUUAUAUCCUUAAAAAAAAGAAGGUACGUUGGAUUCUCUUCCUCGACUUUGGACCUUUUCACCCCCUGUGAGUUUCUGUUGUUUGUGAAAUAAUCAACGAGGAGGGUUUGAUUUGUUUACUAAAGAACUGCCCCGAUGCAAGAGUACUUCAGAUGUUGAAAUCCAGCGCUCCUCUAAAGAAAACAAACACACGAAACGUUUUACUCCCUGAGUUUCUGACCUACUAAGAGUGCAGACUGUUGUGUUGCAGUUUUGUUUAUUCCACUGCGUGUUUAUUUGUUUGUUUAUUUGUUGAUUACUAUUUGAAAAUGUGUACUA